AUGGGCUUCGUGGCAGUAUGCACCGCAGUCUACGACUACCAUCCGCAAAGCCCAGGCGAGCUAGAGAUCCGGGAAGGAGAGCUCUUGUAUAUCUUGGAGAAGAGUGCGGACGAUGACUGGUGGAAGGCGAAAAAGAAGGCCGCCGGAGACGAUGAGGACGAACCAGAAGGCUUGAUUCCCAACAAUUAUGUUGAAGAGGCGAAGCCCAUCCAAACCGCCAAAGCGCUGUACGACUACACUCGGCAGACCGACGAGGAAGUGUCUUUUGCCGAAGAUGCUGUGUUGACCGUGUAUGACACCUCCGAUCCUGACUGGACUCUGGUGGGUGUAGGAGGCGAGGAAUUCGGCUUUGCGCCGGCCAACUACAUCGAACUUACUGGUGGCCCUCCUAAAUCUCCCUCCAUGCUCUCCGGGCGUCAGUCCAUCCAGCCAGCAGUCGAAGAUGAAUACGCUGUCGCUCCGGCUACUCCGACAAGGUCAGCACAGGAUCCUGCGGCUAGUCUGGCCAGAGUCCUCGGAGGAGGUGCCCUUCCCUCGCCAACGGGUGCCCGCUCCGUCGCGUCUCCGCCACCGGCAAGACCCCAUCGACAGCUUACCCCUGACCCAUCAGAUGGCGAGGAGCCCGCGCCGGCACUGCCGCAAAGGCCUUCGUCACAAACAACCAACCCCCAAUUCGCGCGGUCUAUGUCGCGGCGGACUGAAGCAUCGCGGGGCGUCCUGCCAUCACCUCCAUAUAAUCGAGCAGUACCACAGCCAGAAGAUGACGAGGCACCGAUUCGAUCACCUGGCGGAUUCCAUUUGUACAACGUCAACGAAAUGGUUUCGGCUAUGGGCCGAAGGCGAAAGAUGCCAACUACCCUGGGCCUCAAUAUCGCGACAGGUACUAUUAUGCUCUCCCCGGAGAAGUCAAGAGAUGGGCCUUCCCAAGAAUGGACUGCAGACAAAAUGACGCACUACUCAAUCGAAGGCAAGCAUGUUUUUAUCGAAUUGGUUAGGCCAAGCAAGAGUCUCGACCUCCAUGCAGGAGCCAAGGAUACUGCAGAAGAGAUCGUGGCAGCUCUCGGGGAGAUUGCCGGAGCGCAACGAGCAGAAGGCAUUCGGGAAGUAAUCGAGGCAGCUGCUGGUGGCGCGACUCACAAGAAGGGCCAAGUUCUGUAUGAUUUCAUGGCACAAGGCGACGACGAGGUCACAGUUGCUGUGGGUGAUGAGGUUAUCAUCCUGGAUGAUACAAAGUCGGAUGAAUGGUGGAAUGUGAGACGCUUGAAGAAUGGCAAGGAAGGCGUCGUGCCAAGCAGCUAUAUUGAGGUUACGGGUUUUGUCACCGCCGAGCCUCCUUCACGUUCAGGAAUAAAUGCUGGUCUCUCGACAGUUGAACAGAAUCGCCUCGAAGAGGAGAGGCUUGCAAGGGAAGCUGCACGAGCUGACAAGGCCCUUUAUGAAUCGGAAGACGCACGAUCUCGUAGCGGGCAUGGGCACGGAAUGCUCCCGCAGCGUGGUAGCAGCCUUGCCGACGACCAAUCUCAUCGAAAGGACAGGAGAGACAAGGAUGACCGGAGAAAGAGCCGGUCGAGGCCCGAUCCGACAAAAGUCAGGACAUGGACGGACCACUCGGGCACAUUCAAAGUCGAAGCCCAGUUUCUGGGAGUGGCCGAUGGUAAGAUCCAUCUUCACAAAGUCAACGGCGUGAAGAUUGCCGUUCCCAUAACAAAAAUGUCGCCAGAAGACCUUGACUAUGUUGAGAAGGUAACCAACGAGCCAAUCGAAGAUAACAUUCCUGUGGCUGAUCUGAUCAAGAUGAAACGUCGGAGUCAAUCGUCUGAACAAAGCAAGCCCCGAAGCGGUGCCACCGUCGAACCUCGCGUUCCAGAACAACUCAAAGUGCCCGACUAUGACUGGUUCGAUUUCUUCCUCAAGGCCGGUGUUGGCCCACACCACUGUGAGAGAUACGCACAAGCGAUGAUACGAGACUCAAUGGAUGAGACUGUUCUCCCGGAUAUCACACCAGAAACUUUGAGAACACUGGGGCUGAAGGAGGGUGACGUUCUCAAAGUCAUGAAAUACCUAGAUCAGAAAUUCGGGCGGACACACAAUGCAGCAGCCAAUGGUACCAAUGGCGAUGCUGUAUCAGGUGGGAUCUUUUCAGGGCCCGGAGGGACGUUGCACAACAACACUCGCAGGACCCGGCCGGAAGCCAAUCGACAGACCAACGAUGUUGUUGAUCCAGAUGCCUUUGCCAAAGCUGAAACCGACACAAGUACUGAACGAAGAGCCACCAUCCUCACUGAAGCACCUUCAAAGCAAUCCAAAACCGGGUUUGAUGAUGACGCAUGGACUGUCAAACUUCCCAACGAACAGGCGGCGGCCUCACGACCUUCUACUGCACCUCCAGCGGCAAAUCCUCCUUCAGGAGCUCUGAAGGAGUUAUCCUUGCUGGACACCCCUCUUCAGCCAACGCCUGCUCAGCAGACUGUACCAUCAGUCGCUCAGCAACCUCAGCCAACGCCUCAACCUCAGCCUCAGCCUCAGGCUCAACAGUACAUGGCCUCGGCGCCGGUUCAACAACCCCAACAGACAGGCGCAACUCCGCAAUUCUUUUCGCAGGUCAAUCAAAUUCCCGGCCAGAUACAUCCUCAAGCGACUGGGGCUUUCAACGCUCCACGUCAAAGGCCGAUUGCGCCACAACAGAGUUUCACCGGCACGGGAUUGCUGCCACCACCUCCCCGACCAACUUCAGCGCCACAAAACCCGCAGCAAAAUCAAUUUGGUCCUCAGCCUUUGCAACCUCAGUUGACUGGAGUUCCUCGAACCUCUGCGAUGCAGGCGCCCUCCGGUCAAAGCAUGAACGAUCUGGCACAGCAGCGGCUACAGCAGCAAUACCAACAGUUCCAAUUGCAACCCCAAGUGACGGGAAACUUUCAGCCGUUGCAGUCUUUUGGGCAGUUCGGACUUGCUCCCCAAGCUACCGGCUUCCAACAACCGCCAUCAUUUUCUCCGCUUCAACACACCUAUUUGAACGGAAAUGCAACUGGGAGUCCUUUUGCCGAUCCUCGGCCACCUUUUCAGACUCACCCAACCGGGAUGUCAUUCGUACAAAGCCCACCACCGGGAGGUAUCAACUCAGUUCUUCCACCGGCCCUUCAACCACAACGAACAGGCUUUGUUUCACCUUUCCAGCAGCCGCAGACCAACGGAUUUAAUCCGACACUACAACCUCAGCAAACGGGCUUCUCUCAAGCACUUCCUCUUCAAUCUCAGCCCACAGGCUUCCAGCAGCAGCUACUGCCUCAAACCACUGGCUUUGGACCGGCGCCACAACAAAAUGGUUUCCCGAGCUUUCAGUCGGCGCCUGUGCCAGCCGUCCCUCAGCUACCCCCCAUAGCGCCUUUGCAGCAGCAAAAAACCGGCCCUGCUCCCCCUGUGAAGUUUGGCCUCACAGAAGCAAAGAAGUUGACGCCUCAGCCAACGGGCCGGAGAGCAAACCUGGCGAAUGCUAGUAAGUGA